AUGGAGUGUGGGGGAGCUGGGACUGAACUUCUCUCUCUUUCUCCCUCUCUCUUCCCCCCUCCCAUCCAGGGUGUCAGAAGCACCUUGAACAGGUGCAAGAAGGGGAAGUCCCAGCAGCAGGUGGAGAUUCCUCUUGAGCUGGAGGAGUUCCUCAGUGAAUUCUCUCAGGGGAACAGUGUCAGGAAGACACUGAAGGAAUCCAAAGUGAAUGUGACUCUGGAUCCAGACACGGCUGACCCCGAACUCACGGUGUCUGAGGAUCGGAAAAGUGUGAGAUGGGGAGACAUGCAGCGGAAAGUGCCUGACAACCCCAAGAGAUUUGACACUCAGCCCUGUGUGCUGGGCUGUGAGGGAUUCACCUCGGGGAGACACUACUGGGAGGUGGAGGUGGGGAAUGGGGGAUGCUGGGCCGUGGGGGUGGCCAGAGAGUCUGUGAGGUGGAAGGAAGAGAUCAGCCAUAACCCUGAGGGGGGGAUCUGGAUUUUGUCCCAGUGUGUGGGUGAAUACUGGGCUCAGACCUCCCCUCUGACCACCCUCUAUCUGAGCUGGGACCCCAGGAGGAUCGGGCUUUUGCUGGACUACGACAUGGGGCGGGUGUCUUUUUUCGACGCGGACAACGAGAAACCCAUCUUCACUUUCCCGCCGGCCUCCUUCGGCGGGGAGAGAGUCCGCCCUUGGUUCCGUCUCUGUGGGGAGGACAUGCUGCUCCAGCUAUGUCCCUGAGGCACAGGGUGGGACAGCUGUCCUGCUCUGCCAGCCCCCAUCUGAAGUGCAUUUCUGGCCUGCUAAAGCAACCUCGAGACUGGAGCGAUCCGUCUAGAUGCGAGAAUGACUUUGACCGGCCUAUUGGUCCCUGUUCUCUAUGAUCCCAGAGGGCUGUACAUUUCUGCAAAGAAUGAAACUGGGGCAGGGGUUGAAGUAUGAUUUAGUAUAUCGCAAAAGGAGCUCUUGUCUGUUGCACUGGGUAAAAACGACAGAAAUAA